CCCCCCCCCCCCCCCCCCCCCCCCCCCCCCCCCCCCCCCCCCCCCCCCCCCCCCCCCCCCCCCCCCCCCCCCCCCCCCCCCCCCCCCCCCCCCCCCCCCCCCCCCCCCCCCCCCCCCCCCCCGCACUCCAUGGAAUACUCCGAGUGGCUUUGAGCGGCUCGUAGUGCCCGGCUGGCUUUGAGCGGCUCGAAAUGCCUUGGACCUAAGGAAACUUAAGGAAUUUUACUCACCACAGAGCUAGGUCAAAGGCUUCUAGAUUAACAAAGUGGUCUUCCUCUAUCCUCCUACUUAACAGGUCUGAAGCAUGAGAAAGUUUUCGAUUUUUACAACAUGAAGGGCCGCACGAAUUUUGAUAAAUCUUAGUACUUAUAUACGUAUUAUCGUCAUAGUAUUUAGUGUAGAAAUGUAUGAAGGCAUACGUUUACACGAUCUAAUGUAUUUCAGUCUGAAGUUGAAACAAAACCGAAAUUGUUUCUAUAGGGCUGACAUUAUCAAAUUAAUGAUUAUCUUUUUCGCUUGUCGAUAAGCGAGCCGUCCUUGAGAAAUCCAGGAAAGAGGCGGUGCCCUUAAGUCAUCUUUCACCGAAGAAAAUCAGUAUUAUAGAUAGAGAUCACUCUUAGCUAUGACCGAUAUAAGAUCCUGGUAGAGCUCAUCGAACUGCAUCGGAAAAAUACAAUCUCACGUUUUAAGGAGUCCGUUUUUGGUGAAAAAGUUUAAAAAUACCCAUUUUUUGAAAAUAAGCAAAAAAGCAUGAAAUUUUCAACAAUAAGGAAAUUUUCGUCGUUUACGUUUUAUUUUGUAUCGAUGUUCUAAUUGCUUAUUUUUAUGAUUAUGCCUUGCUCAGGUAAGCAAAGAAACAAUUAUGUGUAUGAAUAAGCACCUCAAUAUAACCGAAGAAAAGUCUGUUACAUACUUCAUUUUUAUUUUUUCUUGAAUAUAAUCGAUCCGUCCUCAGUCUUUUUCUCCAUCUCGCAGCCUAUAAACACACAAACUGUGACUCAAUUAAAACAAGGUCAGACAUUUCCAGUAGCAUAAAGUGUAAUAUUACUAAUGGAAUUAAAAAUCCCAUUAGUGGAGAUUAAACUUCUACUCUCCACUAGUUGAACUUAAAAUUCCAAUUUCCACUGACAAGGAUCCAGUGAAAAUUGAAAUUUUAAUUUCGAUUGUAACAUAUAUAUUAAUCUAGAUCUCUGUUUUCAUCACUAUUGCUACGGGCUUUUCCACAUAGUGCAGUUUCUUGAAAGUAAGCAUAUAAAUUCAAAUUAAACAUAAAGAACAAUCAUUGUGCUCAGAUAUUUUAGAAUGGCAAAUAAAUUACUGUUACAUUACAUGUUUAUAUUAAUAAUGGUCAUGACACUGCAAAUGCUGGUAGAACAAGCACAUGGUGGCGUUUUGGACGCACUUUGUAAAGUAACGUGUGCAGAAUAUUAUGCAUGUACUGUAAAGAAUUUCUUUUCAUUGAAAAUUUGUCAAAAAUAUGGUUGUAAAUGUGAUUUUUUUGGGUAGAGUCGGUUUCUUCGAUAAUUACAAUGACAACAACUCUGUUAUAAUUGACACACAUUUAAUAACUUUUUAAAGCAUUCUUUUUAUUUUUAAAAGGAAACUUCGAAUAAAGUGAAAUAAAGUGUUUUGUUCUCACCGUUUUUUCAAUAAAUUUCGUGUGCAAGCGCCCGUCCGUAACAUUUUGGGGAGUAAGAUUUCUGUGCGCAACAUUCCUCGUGCGUAGGUAGACCCAUUUCGCUGAACAUGGGCGCUUAGCGGUUUGAAGCCAUGCGCUUUCCGCUAGACAUAUCAGGAAAUUUUUCUACGAGCAAGUAGGACUGGGUUAUAUCUUUAUUGAUUCUUAAUAAAAAGGCCAGCGGUCAAAUGACCAUUGUAGACCAAGCAAUAAUACAGGUGAAAACAGUUGGCUAACAUAGUGACAAAAUGAAAUAUAAGUAGGACAGUGAAAAUAAAAUGACGGAGGUAGACAGGCCUGGCGACGAGAAUAGUAUGGACGUCAUAAGAGAAAAGGAGUAAUACUGUGCUGCUAGUUAUUCAAAUCUGUUCGUUUGCUGAAUAUAUGUAAUGACCGCAUAUAGUACACAUGUCAGUGUGCCAUUACCCAUAUCUAAACGAGUAGAAUUUCAAUUAAACCUGAGGGUUUUCACCGCUGUAGUUCAACAAAAAAUUUUCGGAAAAUCCAGCAUUACUCGUGGAAACUUUUUGAUAAAUACAUUAUGUGUAAAAUUAUUUAAAAGAAACAAUUUGAGAAAAUCAGUUUCUAGAACGCGGGUAAGCUUGAUCGAGGUGACACGUUACUCAUUGUUUAUCUCGUUACUCAUUUAAACUAAUUCAUGUUGUUGGUAGAUGUAAACAGUUUCCAGAAAGAAUACUGAGGAUCGACACUGGCAGAAAAUUAAUGCUGUUCGACGAUUUUGACCAGUUUGAGGGCUUUGACCGUUGUGACUAUUUUGACCAGAGAUGUAGUUUUCCCAUUGUGAGUGUGUGACAAGAAGCUGAAGAAACGAUAGAAGAUAUGGAUGAUCUAUUAACUGAUGUUAUCCAAUACGAUUUUGUGCCUUCAGGUGACGUGGUAGAACACGAUGGUGUGGCCCAAGGAGGCACUGAUGACAGUGCUAAUACGAGUAAUAAUGAAUCUGCCAGUAGUGAUAAAAGUCAACAAGAAGAUACUGAUAAUAAUAGUCUUCUGGUUAUCAAACUAAAUGCCGUCAUUACGCGUCAACAAACUCAACGAUUAACACCAACUCCGACGCAGACAACCGCCACGGCAACUCAUACACCUCUUCCAUCAGCGCCAGCUACAACUGCAAAUCCCUCUUCAUCAUUGUUCGACUUCAGUCUAGAUGGCAUUAGAUCAGAACAAAUGGAAGACACCGAUAUUAUAUAA